AUGAUUUUUGCUAGACGAGGAGUGCCCAAAACUAUCACCUCUGAUAAUGCAUCUAAUUUCCUACUGAGCGAACAAAUUCUGCAAGACACAAUUCUCCCCGUUAGUAACGACUCGUCACUAGCAAGUACAAUGGAAACGAGAGGAGUAACAUGGAGGACAAUUACGCCGUACGCUCCGUGGCAGGGAGCAUUUUACGAGCGUCUCAUAAAGUCAGUCAAGUACUCUCUAUACAAAGUACUGCAAAAGACGAUCCCAACAACGGAAGAAUUGGAAACCCUGUUAGUAGAAAUACAGGGAAAUCUUAACAGUCGACCACUCACAUACCAAGAAGAAGGUCCCGAUAACUUUGUUGCCUUGCGACCAAUAGACUUUAUCCAGCGUGACAUGAUAAUAACAUAUCCAUUUGAAUUCAGCAGAGAAGAGGAAGAUGAUAAAACGUAUCUACCAUCCCAAGAAGCAGUAUUACUACGCACGCGAAAGGAAGUGCAGGAUGCCCUUGGAUCAAGUCAUAAACUGUCAGAACAUUAG